AUUUCUUGACGAGCAUAACAAUAAUAACAAUAACCAAUAAUUAAAUCACCGCCUAUAUGAGAAUGAUUGGACAAGAUUUCUCAAGUUCGGCCACGUGGUAGUUGAAUUUCCCGGUGUAUGAAUCAAAAUGUGACGUCACCGUGGAGUGAUUUGAAGUGAAAACAAUCAGGAAUGUAUAUAUUUCAAAAUUGUUUCCCAUAUUUAAUAGAAAUUGCUUUAUAUAAUCAAAGCAAGGUACUACUAUAGCUUUUGGUCGCACGAUGUUUUGAAAACGAACAAGAAUUUUUAGGACUAUUUUUAUGAGUAGUCAUUUCCGUUUUACUUGUCGUAUAUAGCACGCCACCCUCGUCAUUUCCUUUGAGUCCCUCUUCUCAACGCGAGGUCAUAAGAAAGUGUUGUGUGUAUAAUUUUUUAAUCACACACCACGAAAAAAGUGGACAAAAAAAGUAAAAAAAAACCUUCAAAAUAACAAAAAAAUCCGAAAAAACCUCUAAAUUACCAAAAAAAGGUUUGAAACGGUAGGUAUUUGGUGUAAUCUUCCUCUACAAGUCGCCAACGAAAUAACGGAAUCAAGAACGCCAUAUUGUUUGACAGAAAAGGAAGAAGCAUGUCUACAACUACGAUGAAUCCUGCUGGUCCCAGCUAUCCCAUGGCUUCCCUUUACGUGGGAGACCUUCACCCGGACGUUACAGAAGCUAUGUUGUUUGAAAAAUUCUCAACUGCGGGUCCCGUUCUCAGUAUCCGAGUGUGUAGGGACAUGAUCACAAGACGCUCCCUGGGGUAUGCCUACGUCAACUUCCAACAACCAGCUGACGCUGAGAGAGCUUUAGAUACCAUGAACUUUGACACCAUAAAAGGACGACCCAUCAGGAUUAUGUGGUCCCAGCGUGAUCCAUCCCUGAGAAAGUCUGGUGUUGGCAAUGUUUUCAUCAAGAAUCUAGAUAAGAGUAUCGACAACAAGGCUCUGUAUGACACAUUCUCAGCGUUCGGCAACAUUCUGUCUUGUAAGAUUGUGUGUGAUGAGCAUGGUUCUCGCGGCUAUGGCUUUGUUCACUUCGAGACGGAAGAGGCAGCUAGAAGCGCCAUUGACAAGGUGAAUGGCAUGUUGCUGAAUGGGAAAAAAGUAUUUGUAGGUCGUUUCAUGAGCAGACGAGAAAGGCUUGAAGUUCUCGGUGACAAGAUGAGGAAGUUCAACAAUGUCUAUGUGAAAAAUUUCAGUGAAGAGAUUGAUGAUGACAAACUAAGGGAUAUGUUUGAACCAUAUGGCAAGAUCAUCAGUGCCAAAGUCAUGACAGAUGAUAUGUCUGGCAAAGGCAAGGGGUUUGGCUUUGUAAGCUUUGAAGAUCCAGAGGCUGCUGAGAAGGCAGUGGAGGCAUUGAAUGGAAAUGAAUUUAGUGGAAAGGUUUUGUAUGCUGGACGUGCUCAGAAAAAAAUUGAACGCCAGGCUGAGCUCAAAGAAAAGUUUGAGCGUAUUAGAAUGGAGAGAAUCAACAGAUACCAGGGAGUCAAUCUGUAUGUGAAGAAUCUGGACGACAACAUCGAUGAUGAAAGGUUACGAAAAGAAUUUGCCCAGUUUGGUACCAUCACCAGUGCCAAGGUGAUGACAGAGGGUGGUAGAUCAAAGGGUUUUGGAUUUGUUUGCUUCAGUUCCCCUGAAGAAGCCACCAAGGCUGUGACUGAAAUGAAUGGAAGAAUUGUGGUAGCUAAGCCUUUGUAUGUGGCUCUGGCUCAAAGGAAGGAGGACCGCAAAGCUCACCUGGCCUCCCAAUACAUGCAACGCAUUACAAGCAUGCGCAUGCAGGGACAACAAAUGGGACAAGUGAGUCAGAUGUUCCAGCCAGGUGGCGCUGGAUACUUUGUACCCACAAUGCCACAGGCCCAGAGAACCUUCUUUGCUCCCAACAACAUGCCAGCAAUGAGGACGAAUCCCAGGUGGCAGACAACAACAGUGAGACCGACGGGCCAGCCUGCAAGUGGAUUCCAGACCAUGCCUGGAGCUCCACAGAUGAGACAGCAAAGGCCGACGGGACAGACCAAUGUACGCACGGGGGUAAACGCACGUCCCAUCACUGGUCAGUCGGGAACACCUACCACCCAGCCGCGUAUGCCCGUCAGCCAGCAGGUACCUGGACGUCCACAAGGAGGCCAGCCCAGUGUGCCGUCUGCUCCCAACCGCCAGCCAGGCUACAAAAGUUACGGUGCCAACCAGAUGAUGAAGCAACCACAGGGACAGAAUCCAGGAAUGCAGCAGGCUCCACCACAAGCUGUGAUUGUCCAGGGACAGGACCCAUUGACUGCCACUAUGUUGGCCACAGCCCCACCCCAGGAACAGAAACAGAUGUUGGGAGAACGACUCUUCCCUCUCAUCUCCCAGAUGUUCCCAGACCUUGCUGGCAAGAUCACUGGCAUGUUGUUGGAAAUCGACAACUCUGAAUUGUUGCACAUGUUGGAAUCCCAAGAGUCUCUGGAGGCUAAGGUUAAAGAAGCUGUUGCUGUGUUGCAAGCUCACCAGGCUAAGGAGUCCGCAACAACUACCAAGCCAGCUGAAUAAAUUCUUGGCAACAUUUAAAACAAGAAGAACUGUGUAUACAUAUAAGAACUGUGUAUACAUAUACAUGUGAAUGACAUCUGGACAAUAUAAGACAUCAUCAUAUUACACCAGUCGUGAUCUAUUUACAUUUGGAGUGUUUUUUCUUUUUCUUUUUGUAAAUAACAAACAUCACGCAACUGUUUUUUUAAAUGGUGGUUGGUUCAAAAUUAUUUGUUGCUGUUUUUUGGUCAUAGCUAACAAAAUUCCAUUUAUUUCUAAACUGGUUCCAAAAGUUAUUUGCUGAUAAUUUUCAAACAAUGUUGAUUUACUUUCCAAAAUCUAAAGUGUGAUGGUUUGGUUAUUGACUGCUUCCUUUCAAUAAAAAAUAUAUACCAAAAAAAUUGCAAAAAAGUGUAAAACAGCAACUUAUAAAAAGUGUACAAAUGUUAUUGGUUUCUGUAGCCCUUUCUCGUUUUAUGUGUUUAUUUUCUAUAUCCAUAGUGUUAACUUUGUGAAUCUUGUAUGCAGAUUUGUUGAGAUUUUGGUAAAAAGCGAGAAGGGGUUAAUCUUUCCACGAAAGAGAUUAGAAUUCAUGUUUUAGUUUGUACAUUGUUGAGCAUAGCGCUGAAACGAUUCCACUAAACAAGGAAAAGUCUGAUACUCUAUGAUGACGUCUGCCGAGAACGUGGAAUCCAUACUGUGUGCAGUGCUUGACUAACUUAUGUUCUGAAAACAAGCAUGUAAAACUACUACAAACAGAGGAGAGGGUCUUAGGAUUCAGUUAAUAAUCAUCUAUCUUCUUUUGGUAAUAAACUUCCGUUUCAAAA